UUGCUAGUCAAAAUCGUUCACGUUUGUUUUGUUAUUCCAUCUUACAUCAUGUCGUUUUGCCGAAACUUUUCUCGUCGCUGGAAUCAUUUUGUGACCCUGAAGCAGUACGAAAACGUCCAGGCAGCACAAGGAAACCCACAAACGUUGGUGCAAAGAGUAACUCCAGUCGCCGGGGGGAAGUGCUUCCUGGCCUGGCAUCCGAAGCCGCAGUUUCCCUACGAGUACUCGAAGCCUAUAAACCCGGCGGAAAUUCAAUCCACAUCGUCUCUUGUUCGUGAUGAACUGGUGGCGGCCGGUGCGAGUAGCCUAAAAGCCAAGCACCCGGAGUUCGUACGUAGCGAGCUGGCCAGGGUUACGUACACAACCAAACACCGCUGGUUCCCUAGGGCUCGGGACAAGAAAGCAAAAACCACACCGAUGGAUCGCGAAUAUUUGUAAACAACUUAGUCUUUCAGUUGAAAGGAGUUUCGAGAACAAAAUAAACUAAUCCUAGACAUUCUAAA